AUGAACGUCAUCCCAUCUUCAACAUCUCACCUCGGUGCGGUUGGACCAGUCUACACUGACACCCACGUCUCAUCUCCAUUCCCAUAUCAGUUUCUCUUGCUUUUGGUUUUGAUAGCCCCUCUGCUCUACUCGUUUGUAUACAAUGCCAUCCUCAACUGCGCCAGCCCGGUGCUCUCCAUCAACAUCUUCCCAAGAAAGAUUGUCGUCACAGACCCUUCAAUGGAAAGUGCCCUGUCCAGACAUACUUCAGAGACGAGUCUUGCCAACGUCAUUUUCUUGAUUGGUCGCCGUGUAUUCGGCUUGAGCGACUCUUCCAUCCAGGCCAUUGGAGGCUAUGAUCCUCGUCCUGUUCAUGUUGGCGAGUUCUCAUCUGCGAGCAAUGCCAGGGCCCUUCUUGCAGCAAUGGCUGAAACCACAGGCCAGAAACUUCAGAGCCAGCCUGAUGUUCAGGAAACUGAGCUCGGUCCUUGGCUAUUCAAGCUCACCAGUUCGGCUGUCGCCAGUGCCCUUUGGGGCCCCGAAAGCCCAUGGGUUGUGGAUGAAGAGUUUCAGAACCAGUUCAUGGAACUCAGCGGCUCCCAGAUGACUCUUCUGAGACCGUUUUCCAAGUACACUGCCAAAGCAGCCCACACAGCCAGAGCAUUCAUCAUCAACAGACUGCAAGCCGCACACGCCAAUAACCGAGCAUCAAGGGUCAGGCAGAUUGCUCACCGAAUCAAUGCCGUCGUCAUGUCCGACCCCGAGUGGGAAUCCAACAAGGACUAUUUCAAUGUUGAGCUGCUUACAUCGCUCGGCCUGAUGGUAACCCCCAGCACCAUGGCAGUCUGGAUGAUCCGCCACCUGCUCCUGCGUCCGGAUCUCCUUGACAGAGUCGUCAAAGAAGCACGAAACCCAGAUGCUCUGGAUGAACAAGGCAACAUUGAUCUGGUCCGUAUCCGAGAGUCAUUCCCCUUCUUGGCUGCAUGCUUGUAUGAGACUUUGCGACUGCACAUGACGGCAAUUCCGCGUGUGGCAAAGGCAGACUUCGACGUCGCAGUGCCCAACUCACAGCCCAUCCACCUCAAGUCGGGAGAUCUCAUCUACCUUGCCAUGUCGUCGUUCAACAGGAACACGGAGACUUGGGGUUCCGAUGCCUCUACUUUCUCACCUGAAAGGCUCCUCAAUAACGCUGGCGGCCUCUCCGCCUCCAUGGUGCGAAAGCUGCGAGUCUUUGGCGUGGCGGGCAACUUGUGCCCCGGAAGAAAAGUCGGGCUCGAGACAAUAAUGUACGUGGUCGCCAGUGUCCUGCGGGAAUUCGACAUUGAGAAUCCGCGUGGCGAGCGCGAACAAUACCCCGAGCCGAGAACUGAAGACGGAUUUGGCAUUGGCUUUGAGCGCUGUGCCAAUGAUAUCAACAUUCGACUGAGAAGAGUCGCAUAG